AUGAUAACUCAUCAUUUUCCAAUACCUGCAUCUGGUGAGAGAAAUGUUCAGAGUCUGUCGUCCGCUGGGACGCCCUUACAAGAAACAGAGAAAUCGAAGGUCGAGACUGAAGAGCAGAGUAAAGAGGGAGGCAAAUUCCCUAUUCAGGAGGAAGGUUUUGAAGAAUUUAAAAAGGAAAAGCCAGUGCAAGAGACGCAAGUAUCAAGAGAAGCGCAAAAAGUGAAGGACGAGGACAUAAGAAAAGCGGGCGAAGACGAGAGAUUCCAACAAGAAUUUGGUAAAGGAGAGCCACUUCAGGCCGAAAACGACCGUUCCACCGAAGCAAGUGAAAGUUACAAAGAAGAGGCGUCACCCAUACAGGAGACGAUGGCCGCGGGUAAAGGGCCUUUUGAAGAGACUGGGCUUGAAGUUGGCGUGAAGAUACAGCAUUCGGACGAGAAGGAAUAG